UGAGAAUUUUGUUUCCUAGCUGUAGAAUGAGGUAUGACAUGUAUCAGUUUUACAAAAUGACUAAUGCAUCGACGUCACCAACGCCUAUUCCAGCAAUUCUUCCUUCGCCUUCGCCUUCGCGUUCGUCGCAGAGUUCGGUUCAAUAGCUCUUUUUCUCACGAUUCAAUCAUAACAAGUGUCUAUUUUAUCAUGUCAAUGAAGAUUUCAUUGAUUAUGCAGGAAAACAAAAAAUCCUGUUUCUUGGAAUCAUCCUUACUGUUGUUCCUGCAACGGUGGUGAUGUUGGUUGUGGGCUUCUAUUUGCGAAGGAGAGCGAGAACAGCUAUACAGUAUCAAAUUGCUGCGAAUGAUGUUACAACUGUGGAGAAACUUGUAGACUCUUUGCAAUUUGAUUUGGCUACAAUUGAAGCGGCCACAAAGAAGUUCUCGGAAGAUAACAAGCUAGGUACAGGUGGAUUUGGCGAGGUUUACAAGGGUGUACUUCUAGAUGGCCAAGAAAUAGCUGUGAAAAGACUUUCAAGAAGGUCUGGACAAGGUAAUGAGGAAUUUAAAAAUGAAGUUGUUUUGGUUGCCAAGCUUCAACACCGAAACCUUGUGAGGCUAUUAGGAUUUUGCUUGGAAGGAGAAGAAAAGAUACUCGUCUACGAAUAUGUAGCCAACAAAAGCCUUGACAAUUUUCUAUACGGCUCUGAAAAACAAAAACUAUUAGACUGGGCAACACGUUACAAGAUUAUUGGAGGGAUUGCUCGAGGGCUUCUAUAUCUUCAUGAAGAUUCUCAACUCAGAAUUAUACAUCGUGAUCUUAAAGCUAGUAACAUUUUAUUAGAUAUGGAUAUGAAUCCAAAAAUUGCAGAUUUCGGUAUUUCAAAGAUCUUUGAAGUUGACCAAACUCAAGGAAAUACAAGUAGAAUCAUUGGAACAUAUGGCUAUAUGGCUCCAGAAUAUGCAAUAUAUGGACGGUUUUCUGUUAAAUCAGAUGUAUAUGGUUUUGGUGUUUUAGUCUUAGAGAUUUUAAGUGGCAAAAAUAACAAUUCUUUCUAUCAAACAGACAAUCCUGAGGACCUCAGAAGCUAUGCUUGGAGGCUUUGGAAGGAUGGAACACCUUUAGAGUUUUUGGAUCCAUCUUUGAGAGACUCUUACUCAAGUAACGAAGUCAUGAGAUGUAUUCAAAUUGGCUUAUUAUGUGUUCAAGAAAAUCCAACUGACAGACCCACCAUGGCAUCAAUACUUCUUGUGCUAAAUAGUUACUCUGCGACUCUCCUUUCACCUCAUGAGCCAGCGUUUGUUCUUCAUAGAAGAACGGAGCCAAAAACUCCAAUAAAGGAGCAGGAGCCAAAUCAAUCUUCAAGCAAUUCAAUGCAAUGGUCCAUUAAUGGAGAACCUAUUACUGAAUUAGUCCCUCGAUAGUGCGAUUAAAUUAUUCUUGACCUUUUGUAAAAAGAAAAAAGAAAAAGAAAAAGAAAAGAAAAACACAUAU